AUGGGCAACACAGAUACCGUAGUAAGAACGGAACCUGAUCCGCUGGUCAUAUCGUCCAUGGGGCCCCUUGGAAUCAACGUCUUCAGUGAUCGCCAUCAUCACCAUAAUUCUACUCACCAUCAUCAUAAUUUUACUCAUCAUCAUCAUAAUAUGACUCAUCAUUAUCAUCAUCAUAAUCUUAAGCAUCAUUAUCACCAUCAUUACCAUAAUCUUACUCAUCAUCAUAAUAAUCAUACUCAUCUUCAUCAUAAUCCUAAUCCUCAUCAUCAUUAUAUUAAGCAUCAUCAUCAUCACCAUAAACCUACUCAUCAUCAUCAUAAUCUUAAGCAUCAUCAUCACACAAUCUUAUUCAUCAUCAUCAUCAUCAUCAUCAUCAUCAUCAUCAUAAUCCUACUCAUCAUCAUAAUCUCACCAUCAUCAUUACCAUAA